ACGUCACUUUCGACAACAGAACAAUGCGUUCAUUCAACCAAUGGAUGCAACUGUAUAGGCUGCAGACGUCUUUACAUUGUGAUUAACCGUGCGACCAGCAACGGACGAACUUAGCCGGCAGUACCGAAUAGCGGCGGAGAAAAACAUCCAAUCUGUCUUUCAUCAUCAUAAUCACUAUCAUCAUUAUCGCCGCCGUCGCCAUCGGUGGUUCGUGUGGGUUCGGUGUGUAUUUGCAAAGUAGCGAAAAAUCGCUCCACGUUUAACAAAUCAGAGACGGCUCCUGUGACUGGUGUUGGUAGCAGUCAAUUAUUUGGUACCUGUCGGCGUGGUGGAUUUUGUGCGGACAACGACCAAAGAAAUUUCUAUUUUUUUACAUUCAAAGGCAGGAAGUGUAGCACCCAGUGACGACCAUGGCGUCGAGCUUGCGGCAGGUCUCAUUGAUGUGCUCGGGCCACACGCGACCCGUCGUCGAUUUAGCUUUCGCAGAGCGUGAGAAUGAGCAGGUGUUGCUGAUUUCGGCGUGCAAAGAUGGCAAACCUAUGCUUCGAGAUGGUGUCACGGGCGACUGGAUUGGCACGUUUGAAGGGCAUAAAGGCGCCGUGUGGAGCGUUUGCCUUGAUGGUUCAGGUAAACUGGCUGCCACAGGGUCAGCUGAUUUCACAGCGAAAUUAUGGGAUACAGCAGAAGGUACCGAAAGGCUGUCGUUGGCUCACAUGCAUAUCGUCCGAGCAGUUGAGCUUUCACCUGAUGGAGCCUAUCUCACUACAGGAAGCGCCGAUAAGAAAAUCCGUCGUUUCGAUGUAACGACUGGGACGUGUGGUGACGAAACAACGGAGCCGCUGCAGAUGUUCGAAGGUCAUACAGCACCUGUGAAAUACGUACGCCUAUUACCUGAUGGCAAGCGUCUCCUCUCGGUCGGAGAUGAUCGUACAGUUCGUGUCUGGGACCCUGUAGCGGGUGAAGGUGGAGGUUUAAUUAAAACUUUGGAGUUCACAGAUCAACCUCACUCAAUAGAGAUAACUCCUACUGGAGAUCGUUUCGUAAUGGCCUUAGGUAAAAAGGUUCAGGUGUGGUCAACCCAUUCGUAUGAAAUGAUCAAGGAACUUACAUUGACGUGCCCCCUUUAUGCGGCAUCGUUGCAUCGCGAUGGCCGCUUCGUAGCAUGUGGUGGUGAGGACUUUCGCCUAUACAAAAUGGAUCUCGAGACAGGGGCCGAGUUGGAAUCGUUUAAGGGCCACUUUGGCCCGGUUCACUGCUGUGCCUUUUCUCCGGACGGACAACUGUACGCGUCGGGAAGUGAGGACGGUACGGUCCGAUUAUGGCAAACAGUCGUCGGCACGACUUACGGCCUUUGGAAAUUCGUUGAAGGCAGUGCUGCUACCCCCCCUGCCCAGCCUGUGCAACCAGAGGGUCAUACCGACGAUGGAGCAGCGCCACUUGGCGCCUCCGUCACGACGACUACGACUACGACUACUACUAUCUCUACGACGGACUCAACCACAAACUCUUCUGAGUCCGGCGACGCCGCUACAGCUGUCAACUCAAAUUCUCCAGAGCCGAAAAGCUGUGAAACUAUCGAGACGCAGCGACAAUCACAACCUGAACAGAAUGAUGAGAUGUUGCAACAACAACAACAACAACAACAGCGGGAACAACAAGAGCAGCAACAACAACAACAACAGCAACAGCAACAGCAGUGA